AUGACCGUGCUCAAGCUGUCCCUCAUGGCCUUCAGCUUGGUCUUCUGGGCGGCGGGGCUGACCAUGCUCAUCGUCGGCCUCUGGGCCAAGGUGUCCCUGGGCAGCUACCUGGCGCUGUCGGCCAGCGACUGCCCCAGCGCCCCCGCCAUCCUCUUGGCCACCGGCGCCGCCGUCAUCAUCUGGGGCUUCCUGGGCUGCUUCGGCGCCGCCACGGAGCACCGCGGCCUCCUGCGCGCCUACGGCGCCUUCCUGACCGCCGUGCUGGCGGCCGGGCUGACGGCCGGGCUCUCGGCGCUCCUCUACCGCCGGAACGUGGCGCAGGGCUUCCACGAAGGGCUGCGCCGGGCCCUGCUCGCCUACGGAGAGGAUGAGGGGACGGCGGACGCCCUGGAUGCUUUGCAGCGCACCUUGUCCUGCUGCGGCGUGGAGAGCUACCGCGACUGGCUCGCCUCGCCCUGGGGGCUGCAGCAAAACGGCUCGGUGCCCCUCAGCUGCUGCCGGGCCCGCCGGGGCUGCCAGCGCCGCCCGCCCGGCGCACGCGGGCUGCACCGCGACGGCUGCUUCGGCAAGGUGUCGGCCUUCGUCAGCAGCAACAUGUUCUACCUCGCCACGGCUGCCCUGGGCCUGGCGCUGCUGCAGCUCGUCGGCGUCGUGCUGGCCUGCCUGCUGGCUGCCCGCAUCCCUGCCCGCCGGCUGGGCAUCGCCGCCCCUCGCUGAGACCCCCCCCCCCCCGCCCCGGUCCUGCCCCUUAUCCCCUCCAGCUCCCUUCCUUCCCCCAGUCCGGGGUGCACCCCCUCGGGCAAGUCCUCCCUUCGCAUCCCCCACUUCCACCUGAGCUUCCUCCUCCUCCAGACUCCGUUCCUCCCCUGGGGCCUGUGUGAGGUGCGCCAAUGCUACAGGCAUCUCCACAGCCCCUCAGAGCUGGGAAGGUGCCUCCUGGCCUGGCCGUGUCCCCUGCAGGGCAGCAGGCCCCCACGGCCCCCCUGGAGCCUCUGGACCGCUUCCGCAGAGAGUGGUGGCGGCGUGGACAGACAUCACCCUCUGGGGCAGCGGGGACGCCUGCGUCAAGGCCGACCGGUUUUCUGGGUGAUGUAGACAUCCCGAGGCACUGAAAUGGGGGCCAGGAAAGAGGAGAGGGUCUGGGGGAGCAAGAGAGGUGUCUCUCAGCGGGUGACAGCGGGUGAGUGUUCUUCUGAGACUACUGGAAAAUGAUGGUACUGGAAAACUGCUGGGGCGCACAGGGGGCAGGUCUGGUCCGGGGACACCCAGGUAGCCAUGCCAGCAGCUGCCAUCGGGGGCUGCUUGAGAGACUGCCCAGCAGCGUGCACCCCACGGCCACAAAGAUUUCCUGCCUUCGCUGUGUGCACGUUCAAGCUGUGUGGCUGCCACGGGUGAUUUUCCCGCUGUGGUGUUUCCGAUGCUGAUCUCCAUCUAAAGGUGGAGCUGCAGCUCCAAGUGCUACUCCCUCCUUCAGGACGUGCCUGUCGUUUUAGCCAGCGGGUCGUCGCUGGUUAUGUCUUUGCAGGGCUGAGAAGACCUUAAACCUGGGUCCAUGUCGUACAAGAGGAUAGCAAAAGCUGUAGGAUCAGACCUGACUAGGGGUGGCAAGAGGAGGGAAGGGCACAUUGCCCUUCUGAAGUUUCUUUUGGACUUUUGCUGUUAACUUCAGGGUGAGCGGAACAGACUCUCUGUCUUAUAGAAGGGUUUCUGAAAAACAGCCCUCAGACUCUUUGAUAUUUUUCCUUUUUCAAAGGAUCUGUCUCUGAAAUGUGCCCCCACCUACGUUUUUGAAGCCAGAUCUAUACAACUUGAGAGUAAACAGAAGACCCCAAGGCUAGCCCUGGGUGCGUGUACAUCAGACAGCAGUGUAAAUCUACAGGGUUUUGUUUUUCCUGACAGUUCUGAGCUUGCAUUCGGAGCUUUAGGAAAAGCAAGCCCUGCACUUUAGAGGGUCCUGAACUUUCAGAGCUUCAUGCCCCCUGCUUCUUCCCACUUCCCUAAAACCUGUGAACUGGACUUUAACACGUUUCUCUGCCUCACAGCACAAAGACAUGCUGAAUACCCCCUUUACCCAGCAAACUGGGGCAGGAGGAUUUCAGAAAAGAACCAAGAACUACAAAGGAACUCCAGGAUGUGGCGUCUUUUAGGAACGUGACAAGCAAAGCUGUGGAGAAUGGUCAAAUGCCAACAAAUAUGAGCAGGACAGAAAAUCUUGAAUGAAGAAGAUGACUGAUAGCUUCACAGGGGCACUCUCUUGCGGGAGGGGGCACUAGCAGUGAAGCUCUGCUGCCUGGGCGAUGAGUGCAUGGGGUGAGGGGUGAGGAAGGCUUGUCUCAUUUUCUUCCUUGCUUGCCUUCACUACUUUUGACCACAUUUCUGUCUUUCUCUUUUCCUCCCACCGAAGAGCGACUGCUUGGCUGCAAGGACAAGUCAGGCAGAGCCUCUGUCCCACCGGUGCGGGAGGCGAGAGCCUCUUCUCCCGCUCACUUUGGGAGAUGGAGCUAGCCCUGCCCGCUGGGGCAGCCGUGCCCGCUCACCCUGGAGAAGCAGGCAAAGGGAGAGCAAACUCAUCGCUGCCUCUCCGCGGGGAAAACCGGGUCAAAUGCAGAGCUAACUGUCCUCCUGCUGUUUAAAUCCUCACAGUUUCUAUACCUAAAAGAACCCGGCCUUCAUAUUUCUUUGCUUCCCCCCUGCUGAAAAUAAGCUUCUAGGAUUUUGUUUGACAGUGCUCCUGGGGGUGAAACCAGGGCAGAAUGUGUAGUCACUUGGAAAGAUUCUGAUUUUAGGUAUCUUUACUGCUUUUAAUGGUUUAUACCAUUUAAAAAUACCUGGAAAUGCUACCACUUCCCUGUCUUUUGUGAUAGUGAAGCCUUCUUUUAUUUUCUCCCACCAGUCUUCUUUUCUGGGAGCAGGAUUGGUUAAUUCUAUGGUGAAUUUGUUUCACUGGCAGGAUUGUAACUUUUUCUGACCAGGGAAUAGUGCUGCAAUUUGGCCUGCUAGUAAUAGUCAACUUGCUGGACUGCUCUCAUGAAGGUGCGGUAUUCCUGCAGAGCAAAGCAGGCUUGUCCAGGGAACAUAAAGAGGAUACCCCCCACUUGUAUUAACAAUUGCACAAGCUUGAUGGUAGUUGAGAAUGUUGAAAAAACCCAAACCAAAACAAUGUAAAUGGGUGUUUCUGUGGAAAAGUGACAUUUUACUCUCCACGUAUGCAAAACAGUCUAAAGUUUAAAUGAAGUUUCAGCUGAGGACUGCUGAAUCCAGAAUGGUAUUUACAAGUGAAAGUCUACAAGGACCAGCAGGGAGUAUCCAGCACUCACUGGAGUCCAGGCACACAAGCUGAUUUUACUAAAUUUAUAAAAAUUAUCUUUGCUUAUGGAAAUAAUUCCUUGGGGGUCAGUUCUCUCAACCAAAGCUCACAAGAUCAAAAGUAUAAAAAGAGAAACUGGGUUUUCCUUUUUGGAGAGCGAUUCUAGUCCGCAUGGAUGGAGCUUAGGAUUCUGGACUGACAGUUAUGUUGUUCCUGGGUGUUAGCUGUGGCUUUAUCUUAACUCUCCCUUUUUUCAGAUAUUAGGUGGCUGUUUAACUACGAUAAUCAUGUUUCAGGUGAAGAGCGCAAUGUAAACAGGCUUCUCAGUCAUUUGACUAUUCAUCUGCAUAAAUGAACUCUGGAAAUGUGUUGGGACUCUCUCUUUAUAGAGAAAACAAUGCUUAAUUUUUCAGCGCUGAUGUUUAUUGUUUUAGAUAAUAUAAUUUUUCAUUUUUGUUUGUAAAUGUCCCUGUAUUAACACCACUUUUUUUGGAGUUAUGCACUAGUGGAACUCCUGUUAUUUUCUGGAAAUCAAUGUGAUGUUGUGCAGUUUUAACAAUGGGCAAAAAGUAUAGUUUGUAUGGGAAAUGGUACUUCAGAAA